GCAGUGUCUGUCACGUCCAGCGGCGCAGCGCUGUAAAGGCUCACAGGAAGCGCACAGGCAGUGGAGCUGGAAGUUUACUGCAAAGUUGACAGGUCGUUUAUAUGUGUACGACACCUGAUCUGUAAUUGUCAACUCGUCGAUUUUUGUUGCGUUUUUAUAUGCAAAUGAUCCGUUUUCGCCAAGAAAUUUAUUUUGACUUUGAAGUAAAAUAACCCAGGCUGUAAGACAGGUGAAUGUGGGUGAAUUACAGACAAUAAUUAAUUUCAAAUUGCAUUUUAAUAAAGUGAAGCAACCCGGCUACGCAAAGUGAAGCGUAUAUUCUUUUUUUAAUCCGAAUUCACGUUGGAGAGAAUUUUUUUUCAUGCAUUUUUUAGUUAUCCAGCCCAGAGAAUGUGCGUCUAGCAUGGCCACGGCUCGGACUAACGCGACGCGUGGAGCGACAUGGCGUGUAAAUUACCGGGUAACACCACCUUGUCCGUUAAGAGCGUCCUGAGGAAGUGUGCGGUCAUGCUGGUGUCCCUGCUCGCCUCCUUCUACCUGCUCCAGAGCCUAACGCAACUCGGCGGCUCCGCGCUGCGCGCAACGGACGCGUCGGUGUCCGCCUCCGAGCUUGUCGGGGCGUCGGAGGCGCCGCUGCGGAGGAAGCGCGUGCUCCACAGAUGGACCGACGGCACACCUGGAUCGCAGGUUCGCGACGCCGCGCGCGGUUUGCCCUUGGUGUCCGGGAAGCUCCGGCCGCUCGGUGACGGGGCCAAGCGCCUGCCGCAGGCCAUCAUCGUAGGCGUGAAGAAGGGCGGCACGCGCGCGCUGCUCGAGUUUCUCCGCGUGCACCCGGACGUGAGGGCAGCGGGAGCUGAGCCGCACUUUUUCGAUCGUUUCUAUGACAACGGAUUGGAGUGGUACAGAGACCUAAUGCCCAAAACCCUGGAGGGUCAGAUCACCAUGGAGAAGACGCCCAGCUACUUUGUGACCCGUGAAGCUCCAGCUCGGAUCUACUCCAUGUCACGUUCAACCAAACUCAUAGUGGUGGUGAGGGAUCCGGUCACCCGGGCCAUCUCAGACUAUACACAGACACUGUCCAAAAAGCCAGACAUUCCCACAUUUGAGAGCCUGACUUUCAAAAACAGGACUACAGGCCUAAUCGACACCUCAUGGAGUGCCAUCCAGAUCGGCAUCUACGCCAAGCACCUUGACAACUGGCUCCAGUUCUUCCCCAUGCAGCAGAUCCUGUUUGUGAGCGGCGAGCGGCUGAUCAGUGACCCAGCCGGAGAGCUUGGCCGUGUGCAGGACUUCCUGGGCCUGAAGAGGAUCAUUACAGACAAACACUUCUAUUUCAACCAGACCAAGGGAUUUCCAUGCCUGAAGAAGGCUGAAGGAAGCAGCAAGCCUCACUGCCUGGGCAAAACCAAAGGUCGAACACACCCCAACAUCGACCCUGAGGUGGUGCAGAGGUUACGAGACUUCUACCGGCCCUUUAAUAUGAAGUUCUACCAGAUGACUGGAAGGAUAUUUGGCUGGGAUGACUGACUUUGUGAAGUUUAAGGAAAGACACUAUGAUUGCUUGCAGUUUACACUCAGUACAAGAAAUACAUCAAUACAGAAAUGGAGUUUAGCUGACCCUUAUGUUCUGUUUAGCUUGAAGAGUGGUAGCAUGAUGAUCCAGAUCAUUAACACAGAGCCUUAACCAGUGAAACCCCACGGCCUCUUACACGCCUGCCUCAGUUUACACAGCGUUUUGAAAAUGGAUGAAAAUCAUUUAAAAACACUUUCAAAAAUGUUUUUUAAACUUAAACUUUGAGUUUGGUCCAAUUUCUAGAAUGAAGGUAAGAAAGUGAAGUAAAAGUGUUCAACAUGACUGGGUUUUAUCAAUUUACACACUUUCAUCUAUAUUUCCUGUCAUUAAUAUUCCCUUUUGUGUGCACAAACCAGGCAUCAGAAGGAUCCCUUGGUUUUUUGAAUAGUUUGGAGAAUUCCUUUAAGGGUGUUAGAUGGAAAAGUUUUAUCUUGUAUGUGUGUUUGGUAUACUGUAAUAUUGGAUUAUAUUGGAUGUUCAGUUAAUUUUCAUUCAUUUCUAAUUAUUAAUAUUCUUUUACAAAAGUCUGUAAUGGGACAUCCGUUGAACAGAACAUGAGGGUUAAGUGGCCAUCAUUGAUCUAAUCAGCAACAGAGACCUAUGCAAUUCUUCAUUAUUUACGUUCAUUCCAGUCUGGAUUUUCCAAAUUUGUGCUGGAGGUAAGGAGGAUGUCUUCAUCCAGAGGUUCUCGACCCCAGUCCUGGAAAGCCCGUAUCCUCCACACUCAGCCAUCAACACACUCAGUGGCUCAUUAUGGGAAUGACAUGGAAGAAGAUCCCAGAGGAAACCUGCAUGGACAUGGGAAGAAACUUUUUGGAUUUCUGUAGAACUAUGCAUCGUUUCCGAUGAACAUUUGUGAAGCAUCUAAUGAUGUAAAAAAAAAAAAAAAGUGUUUUGCCAUAAUUUUAUUAACUACCAAGCUGCUUGUAAAAGCUUGGCAUUAAAACAAGAGCAAAAGAUAAAAACUAUUUUUAAAAUAUAUUUAUUUAAAAAAAAGAUAUAUAGUAAACCCACAUAUAGAAUAGAUAUUUUUAAUAAUCCUCAACUCUUGAGUAAUGUCUACAUAAUGGUACAUGCUUUUAUUUUCUACACACAGUUUUCUAACCCGAAUCUGAAUUCUGUAUAAUUUUAUCUUCCAAAUAUUUGUUUUUUCUUAUUUUUCUUUACACUCUGUACCAUAUUUCUCAUUUCACAGUUGAUGUAGUUUCUGAGUUAUUUGUUUUAAUGCCAAUGAUUGCAGCUCAGGUGCUCAGACACAGUGUAUGUGUGUGUGUGUGUGAGUGUGUUUGUGUUGAUGUUGUUGAACAUGGCCUCGCUCUGAUGGUUUGUGUUGCACCGAACAAGCCCAUAUUGUUUCUAUUGUAUUAUUUCUGAUCACGUCACACGCUUUCAUGAGUCUAUUUUGUGAUGCUGCUGUGUGGGCUGUGAAAGUGUGUGUGUGUGUGUGUGUGUGAAAUUUACAGUGCCUCAAGGGAGCACUCACUCAUUCUGCAACCUUUUCAAUGACAAUUUCGAGAAAGCAAUGCAACUGAGGGUUUUCUUUGCAAUAUUAUCAAUCAUGUGUUGCUGUUGGUUUUUUUUGUUUUUUAUGAAGCACACUUUUAAUAAAAUGAAAAAUAUGUUUA